AUAUUGGGGACUAUAUACAAUUCAUUUCUUGAAAUAGUCAUAUUUGAGAGAGGAUAAUGUGAUGAGUAAUAUUGGCCAAUGGAAUGGACUGAAGACCACCAUCAAUAAGGGUGAUGGUGGUCUUCUUCAUCUUCACUUACCCUUAAACCCCAGCCCUUCUCUUCUUCUUUUCUUUACUCAAAAACCCAUUUCUUUAAACCCUUUAAAUCCACUCUCUUCUCAUUUUCAGAAGCAGCAGCCCCUUCAUAUCUGCUGCAGCAGGUCUUCUAGUAAGUGGGACUCAAAUGCUGAGUCUAUCAAGAACCAGAAUUUUAGUAAUCUUGAAGAUGAGGAAGAGGAGCUUGAUGAGGAUGGAUACUUGGAACAAGGAGCUCAAUUUUUUGCUGAGUAUAUUGAAAGUAUUUGGAUUUUUAAGGUUUUCUGCUCCUACGGUUUUGUGUUUCUACCAAUUCUAUUAGUAUUGAUUUCUACUGGAGGAGCUAAAGCUUUUGUUAUGGCAUUCGCCCUUCCCAUUGGACAAUCCACACUUUUUUUUGCAAUCCAAAAGAUACUGGACGUGAUACAAAACAAACCAACGCGCAAGAGUACAACUAAGAAGAGACAGCGUGCUGCUCCCACCUCAAGCAAGACAAACUUUUGGAGAAGAGGAGGAAGCUCCAAGACACGAAAGAGAAAGACGGGCUAUCAAUCAUGGGUGUCCAACAAGGACGUUUCAGCUAGUAAGGGUGACCGAGAGGUAUCUAGAUAUGGAGGGUGGGAUGAACUUGAUCAAGAAAUGCAAUCUAGCAAAAGUUCAUUUGAAAGUUCAGAUAAAUCAUCAGCUGAAACAUCAAAAAUACCUGUGGAAAAGGGUAAGUUAAGUAGACCAGAAGCGACUAGUGAUACGCCCCUUUUGUUAAGAUUAUUGAUUUCCAUGUUCCCAUUCUUGGCUUCAUGGACUAAGUUGCUAUAAUAGACAGCUUUUGUUGUCAAUUUGAGUUACUGUGCUGAGUCCGAGCUAGAUUUUUGAGUCUAUGAGUUCUGGAUGUAGAACCCAUAGCCUAUUGGAUUCUCGAUAAACUAUAUAUGUAUACAUAUUAAGUGGAUUUUUAAGCACAAAUACAGAGUUCGAGACUAGAUUUUUGAA